AUGUUUCUUCGACGAUGCGCUAUCCCCACCCUGGGUAAGCGCGCGAUUUCAACCCCAGUCGGGUCUCCAAUUUACCAUCAUGAUGUUGAUUUUCAUGGAGACCCCGUGGUAAAUGUCUACACCGACGGCUCGUGCCGGAACAACCAAAACUCUGAGCUCGCACAGGCCGGUGCUGCUGUGUUCUUUGGCGUUAAUGAUCCACGCAACUAUGGCUUUCUGCUUACCGAAAAACCUACCAAUAAUAGGGCGGAGUUACUGUCCGUGCACGAGGCCACGCGGAUCAUUCUUAGUGACCUUAAAGAACAUACCCAUACAAAAUUCCAGAUCAUGACAGACUCCAGGUACGUGAUCGGGUGUCUGACAGAAUGGUACCCCCGAUGGCAGUCUAAUGGGUGGCGAAACAGAAAGGGCAAAUCUGUUGCGAACCAGGACGAAAUUCGAGCGAUUAUGUGCAACGUGCACGCAAUCAAUACCCUGUACGCAAAUAUUGGAUGGGGGCCGCUGUGCUUCAAUCACGUUUACGGACACAGCGGAAUUUAUGGCAACGAGAUGGCCGACCAACUAGCAACCGCAAUUAGCGGAACUGCCUCGGCAGUAUCGGCAGCCCCAGUGCCAGACACAAUCUAA